AUGGUCUCCUUUACCAAGCUUUUCACCGCUAGCCUGGUCGCCACCUCGGCCAUCGCUGCCCCUACGCAGGUGAAGCGAUCCUCUUCCAGCAAGCGUGGUGCCGCCUACAACGACAUCUCCACUGUGUCUGCCCUCGCCGGCAGCGGUGCUGUCUCAUGGGCCUACAACUGGGCUGGCUCUCUCUCCGGUCUACUUCCCUCAAACGUCGAAUAUGUUCCCAUGCUUUGGGGCUCCAAAGACUUCGGCGGUUGGGUGACCACUCUCGAGACCGCACUCUCUAGCGGCAGCAGCUACAUCUUAGGAUUCAAUGAGCCCGACAUGCCCUCUCAAGCCAGCAUGAGUCCCUCAGAUGCUGCCAACUACUACAAAAGAUAUAUUACCCCCUUCUCUGGCAAGGCGAAGCUUAUAUCGCCCGCCGUGACAUCUUCCACCGAAACUGGUCUUGGCCUGAGCUGGUUUGAAUCCUUUAUCGGAAUGUGCAGCAGCUGUGGUAUCUCUGGACUGGCUGUUCACUGGUACGGCGAAUCUGCCGACCAAUUCAAGUCCUUCGUCACCAAGGCCAUCGACACUGCUAACAAGCAUGGCUUGUCUGAGGUCUGGAUCACCGAGUUUGCUCUCAAUGCUGAUGUCAAUGGCUCUUCGAACAUGGCUAUCACUACCUCUUUCCUCAACGAAGUUAUCCCUUGGUUGGAUAAUCAACCUGGUGUCACCCGCUACUCUUAUUUCAUGUGUGCUGAGAAGUACUUGCUCAGCGGCAGCACUCUUAAUGAGGCCGGCCAUGCAUACAUCUCUACCUCUCACUAA